GUCAGUUGCGAUUUCCAAUUUCUUGUUUAAAUAAAAUAUUUAUCAAAUGUUGAUAACAUUAUCUUAAAGAAGAACAUUUUAAAUCAUUUUGUAACUUGAAUUAAACGCGUACUUACAAUGGAUAAACAUAAUAGUUCUGAAUUAUUAAAUUCUGAUUUUUCGCUGUCCAAAAAUGCUAGUUCCGAUUCAUUGGAUUCGGACUCCAAAUCUAGUUCAUUGAAUUCCAAACACGGACAAGAAUCCGCUCAUGUCCUGGGAGAUAUUCAGCUUUUGGAUGGGGAGAAAGUGAUGGGAGUUGCUCGCGAUGUAACAUAUCUUUGUCCAUAUAGUGGUCCGUCUAGAGGAGUUCUCAAAGUAACAAAUUAUCAACUGCAUUUCCGACCCACUGAUGCUACAUCCUUGCAGAGUACAUUAAGUGUACCCCUUGGUGUGGUAUCUCGGAUUGAGAAGGUUGGUGGGGCAUCAUCUAAGGGUGAAAACUCAUAUGGCAUUGAAGUAUUUUGUAAGGACAUGCGUAACUUGCGCUUUGCCCACAAACAAGAAAAUCAUUCUCGACGCGGCAUUUUCGAGAAACUACAGCAGCUUGCAUUCCCUUUAUCACACAGACUGCCAAUGUUUGCAUUUAGCUACUCGGAGAGUUUUCCUGAAGAUGGAUGGCAUGUAUAUGAACCAGUUGCAGAGUUGAGAAGAAUGGGUGUAAACAACGACAUGUGGCGCAUAACACGCAUAAACGACAAGUACGAGAUAUGCGACAGCUACCCGUCCGUGUGGGCGGUGCCCGCGGCGGCGAACGACGAGCUGCUGCGGUCCGUCGCCGCGUUCAGGUCGCGCGGACGUAUACCCGUGCUGGCGUGGAUACAUCCCAGCUCGCAAGCUACUAUAACGAGAUGCAGUCAGCCGCUUGUUGGGGUGAGUGGCAAGCGUAGCAGGGAAGAUGAACGCUACAUACAGUUAAUAAUGGAUGCCAAUGCACAAGCUCACAAACUGUUUAUUAUGGACGCAAGGCCCAGUGCUAAUGCUAUCGCCAACAAGGCGAAAGGGGGCGGAUAUGAAUCAGAAGAUGCGUACCAGAAUGCAGAAUUAGUGUUUCUCGAUAUACAUAACAUCCAUGUCAUGAGGGAGAGUCUACGAAAGCUGAAAGAACUGUGUUUCCCGCAAAUUGAUCAAACUAGAUGGUUUAGUGGAAUCGAGGCAACCUGUUGGCUAAAGCAUAUAAAGUGCAUAUUGGCCGGGGCCGUUCGUAUUGUUGAUAAGGUGGAGAAUCACAAAACAUCAGUAUUAGUGCAUUGUUCUGACGGUUGGGACAGAACUGCGCAGCUCACGGCAUUGGCAAUGCUGAUGCUGGAUCCAUACUACCGCACGCUUAGAGGAUUCCAAGUUCUUAUUGAAAAGGAGUGGCUAUCGUUUGGUCACAAAUUCCAGUUGCGUAUAGGCCACGGCGAUGAACGUCACUCCGAUGCAGACAGAUCACCCGUAUUUGUCCAAUGGGUAGAUUGCGUGUGGCAAUUACAGCAACAAUUUCCCACGGCGUUUGAAUUUACUGAGAGACUCCUAAUAACAAUAGUAGAUCACCUGUACUCGUGUAGAUUUGGGACGUUCCUGUUCAAUACUGAAAGAGAGAGGGCGAAGGAAGAAGUCAAAACCAAGACAGUAUCACUGUGGUCUUAUAUAAACAGCCGUCAGGAUUUGUACCUUAACCCCUUGUAUUGGGGUCCAUCUUCCUUUGGACCGAAUACGCCGCUGUCGCCAUAUUCUAGACCACAAACUGUUUUGGUACCUGUAGCUUCUUUGAGAAUCAUCAAGCUGUGGAAAGCGCUAUAUUGCAGGUGGAAUCCUACUAUGAGGCAACAAGACCCCAUAUUCCAACGUACCCGUGAGCUGGUAGCGCUCCGUGCGCAGUUGGAAGCAGCCGCGGCCGCUGCGGCGGGGGACCACGCGGCGCGGCAACACCGCCUCGCGCUCACACCGCCGCGCGUUGCCAGUCCGCACCACGUUUGAACGAGAUUAAUAAUAAUACAAAAGAGAAACGAAAUGGGAGAAACACACUAAAUGUAAGCAGCACAUAUAAUUUUUUUUAUUAUGUAUUUAAAAGUAAUCAAUAAGGAUUUUUUUAAAGAUUUAGUACAAAAAAAUAUGAUAGAAAAGUGGUAAGAAAAUUCUUUAAUAAAAACUGCCAUUGAUUAAGUAUUAUUGUAUAGGUUUACCGUAGGAUAUUUAAAUAUGUAUAUUUUGUUUUCCAAGUAACCCAACUUUUUUCAAAAACUUGGUCAACAUAAUUUUAUCCUUAUAAUUUGUGUUGUUCACGUCUGCCACCCAUUGAAAAGGUAUUAAAAUCGGUUCUGUUUUUCCAAAGCUUAAAGGGAUAACCAACAGACUAGAUAACCAAAAAAAUGCUAGAGAGUAUUUAUGUCUUGGUAUAAUAUAAAUAAUUUGAGAAAAAAUAGUUUUUUGAAAACACCAACAAACUUCACAUUUUUAUGUGUGUAUCAGAUGCAGAAAUAGUUAGGCUUUAUUCCAAUAAGGGGUUGCCUCUAGUUAGUUAGUUACUAAACUAGGAUAAAUAGAAAAAAAUUGCCUUUAGAUAAAAUAGGUUAAGGACUUUUUAAUUUAAUUCACGAGGUGAUAAGUUAUAAGGUAUAUUAUAAUGCCUUUUUUAGUUUUAUUAUAAACCUUUGUAUUAAAUUGACCUCACUUCAGAAUAAAUACACAUAAAUUAACAAGAAGAAUAAGAUUAAAUUUUAGCGUGUUGCAAUUUGGAUGAGUAAGAUUUUUUAUAUGGUGACUAUGACUCUUGUAAUUUUGAGUAAUAACUCAAAAUUACUAUUUUCUUUUGUUAUUAGCACUAUUCGUUUUUAACUUUUUUAUACGUCAUUCCUGGAACAAAUUCAAUCAUUUAUUUAGAUUUUAUAUUUUAUUGUAUUGAUGAUUCCAAAGAAACAAUAAUGCUUGAGCGUAAUGAAAGGAGACAGAUUAUUGUAUUUCUUCAUUAUUAUGAUUAAAACUUUCUGUGAGUGUUUGAAAUUUAAAUAAGGUGCUUCACUUUACCUUAUGGGAAUUAAUGUAUUUUUAUCACAUAGUUUUAAGGUCGCAUAUGAAAGAAAUUAUACUUUGAAAAUUGUUUAAAAAGAUUUGGCAUGUUAUUAUUGUAAAUUUUUUAUUUUAAACGCGACUUUUUGUUUUAGAAUGAAAUAUAAUUUAGAGUCGACUAUAUGUAGCUUUAUAAGAAAUGUUAAUACGGCAUCAUUUAUUUUGUACGCGAAACGUUAUAAUUAUUGUAAAUAAAAUAAUAAAAGAUUGGCGGUUA